UGAGUUAUGUCGUUUUCGCUUGAAAACUCAGUUUCGAAACCGGGUUAGUUUUCUCAAGCAAACACUUUUUCUGGCAGCGUUGCGUUCAUCUUCUGUUUCGUUGGUAUUGGUGAACUGUCAAAACUGUUUCUGUUUUUUUUUCGCAAAACGUUGAAAAACUAUUCCAACCUUUCCAUUCUGUAAAAGUUAGUUCUGUGUUUUUUAAUUGAUUUUAAAAUGAAUAGAAAAAGGAGCGACAUGAUAACAAACGUGAUUACAACUUUAUUGUCAAGUUCUGAGAGUAACUCCAGUAGCUCGGAAGAGGAGUCUUCAGACGAAUUUGAGGAAUUAUGUCUCGUUUAUGCAAAAACCGAUUUAGGACGGAAGAAAAUUCGGCUAUCGAAUUUUUACGAGGAAGUCGUUGAAAAAUAUUGUGAAGAAGCUUUUUGUCAAAACUUUCGUAUAAGCAAAUCUACAGCCAAUAUGAUCGUUGAAAAAUAUGAAAAUUCCACUUUUUUCAAGACAAAAUCUAUGGGCGGAAUAAAAGAAAUUCCUGCUAAAAUACAAAUGCUUUCCUUUUUGUGGUUUUCUGCAAAUAAGGAUUCAUACCGCGAAGUGUGUAACCUGUUCGGGCAAUCGGAGUCGACUUUUUAUAAACAUUUAAAUUUGAUUCUUGAUUUUUUCGUUGAUGUAGCCAAAAAUCUUAUACAUUUUCCUGAAACACGUCAAGAGAAAGAAAAACUCGCCAGAAGCUUUCAGCAGAUAUCUGGAUUUAUAAACGUGUUGGGUUGUAUUGAUGGAUGUUACAUCUACAUUCGACAACCAGCUAACAAGAUUAGGUCUACAUACGUAAACCGCCAUGAUUUAUUAUCUAUAACGCUUCAAGGCAUUUGCGAUUCAAACAAACGCUUCAUGGAUGUUUGCAUAGGAGCACCAAGCAAAGUUCACGAUGCCAGAAUAUUCUCUAUAUCACCCAUUAGUAAAGAAUUACCUGUACUGUGUAAAGGCAAGUAUCAUCUUCUGGGGGACGCAGCAUAUCCUUUACGAGAAUAUCUGCUCACACCCUACAAAGAUUACGGAACCUUGUCUCCAAGGCGUAGGAGAUACAAUAUCAAGCAUAGCCAAACACGAGUCAAAAUAGAGAAUGCAUUUGGUUUGCUUAAGCAACGAUUUAGACAGCUAAUCAGACUUGACUUUUUUGAUACUGAACGAGCCAGCAAGUUUGUGCUGGCAUGCUGUGAACUGCAUAAUAUAUGCAUCGAUAUGGACGAUUCAUUACCGGAACGGAUAGCCAUAGAUAUGAAUGAGAACCUCCCAGGAGUACGCCAAUACGAUGACGAAAACUCCCAAAGAUCAACUGCGUUGAAGUUGUUGGGCGAGGCGAAAAGAAGCGAAAUUGUGAACAUAAUAACAUGAAUUUAUAUUA